UUUAAACUUGGCUGAAUUAUUUUCAAUGAGAUCGUGAAGCAAUCCAGUCUUUCACAAAAUGCAACCCAAAACACAAUGAAAUCGAAGAAAAUAAACGUUCAGUGAAUAUAAUGGAGUUUACAUCCAUUUUGUCUAAUUUUCUGAAACUGAUAUUAUGUAUUUGCAUAAUUUAUGUCAUUGGUUGCCAUGGUAACAAAGUACCAUACAAACAUACGUCAUUAAAAAAAGAUGGAGUUGUAGUAGAAAAAAUUGUAUCGCUGGAGACGCAAAAAGGACACACAGGAAAACCCCAUCAAGUUCUAAAAAUAGACAUUGAAAGCACUCCAACUGAUGAAACUAUUGACCUUGAUGAUGUCCAAGAAAAAGAAAAUGACCUUGACCUAGAAGAAGACGAAAAUGGAAAAUCUUUCCAGUUUGAAGAUGCACUUAUCCUUAUGAAACUUAUCAAUGAGCUUAAGCGAGAAUUACACGAGGUCAAGUACACUCAAAGAAAGGACAAAGAAGAACUCAUUGCUUUCAAAGAUGAACGUGAAAACGACAGGUCCAAGGUUAUUGCUAUGGAGACUGAGGUCAAAGGUCAAGGUGAGAGGUUGGCUAUUGCCAAAGCAGAAUUGGUGCAACUAAGACAACUAACAACAGGGGCUUGGGACAGAGCUACAAAAGUGAUGGACAGUGUACAAGAUAACAGUUUACUUUUAGAGGGUUUGGUCUACUUCAAGAAAGAUGCCGAGAAAGAGAUUCGCCGCUUUAAGGAAUAUAAGGAACGAGCAGCCAAACGCUUCCAUCAGCUGAACAACUCUGCCGAAAAAAAUGAACGCGAAAUUUCCGCUUUUACCUCUGAUUUGCACUCACUUUCUAGAGCAGUUGAUGGAUUUGGAGAAAACUUGGACUCAUUGUCAGUUAAAACUAAAAAUUUAUCCUCAGAGGUAACUACUAACUACAAGUCUCAAAAUCACCUCAGGAAUUUUGUAAAUGAUAUUAAUACUCAUGUCAAUGACAGUUUAAAGAAUCUAACAACUUGCUGUGCAAAAGCACUUGCUGCAGCCAAUCAAAAGACAGAACACUCAGUGACCAAUCAAAAGGCAGAUAUUCUGACCAAUGAGUUUAAAGAUCUCACCAACCACCACAAUUCAAAAAUUGAGAUUGUAGAAUUUGGUUCAGGUGAAUAUGAAGAUGAACUUCAAUCCAAAUAUGAAGAAGAAACCAAUAAAAUAGGUGAAAAAUAUCCGAAAAACAAACAAAACCCUUUGUUUUAUGGUAGUGGAGAGACAAUACAAGAGGGAAGUGGGGAAAUUGGAAGUGGUGAUACGGAAGAAUUACCUCCCUUUGAUAAAAUUUAUUUCACUAAAUAUGUUGAAAAAACGGACUUUUAUAAAGAAAAUAUGAGAUUGAAAAUUAUUCUCAAUGAUUAUGUUGAAAAGUAUGCGAACAUGUCACAAACAUUACAAAAUGUUGAAUCGAAAUUGGCCAAUAUACAGCUUGGUAACUUCAUGCAAAACUUACAAGAGUCUAUAAUGAACUUCACCCAGAAUGUUAUAACAGUCGACCAAUGGAAACUUUCCAGUAAUCAAAUUGUGAAUUCCACCUUAUAUAAUCAAGAUCAGGUUAUAAAGCUUACAAACAUGGUUUUAGAUUCCCAAGAUAAAGUUACAGACCUGAACUGGAAACUGUAUAACAACCAAAUGAUGAGUGACCAACAACUGAAUAUUCUACGGAUGUAUAUCAUCAAACUGAACAAUUCCAUGGAGGACCUUAAAGAGGACAUAAAAAAGUUAGAAAGAGCUGAUUCCCAUGUUGUGAAUAACAAAUUCCAGUAUCCGAGUUUCUAUGGUUACCAGACUGGUUACAAAGUGCAAUAUUCCACACAUGAUGAAACUGACCUGAACCAGUCUGAAAAUGAUGAUACAGAUAAUACUAAACAAGGACCUACUGUAAACUCAGACACGGUACAGUUGAUAAUGUCAAAAUUGGAAGAACUUGGAUUACAAAUUGUCUUUAAUCAAAACCGACUAGGAAAUCUGGAGGUGAAAAUACUUAAUGACACUCUGACGUCAUGUAGGAAAUUUAACAUGGACACCGCUCAGGACACUCAACUAGCGAGCCACGAGUCGAUCAUCAAAUCAAAUGCAAACUCGAUCAUCUUGACACACAAUCUUGUCAGAGAACUAGAGCAGAUUGUCCAUGGACUAAACCAACAGGUGAAACUAAACAAUCGUAAGAUUCGAGGCACCGAAAACGCUGUCACAAGACUUCAGGGAAUUAUACCAGCAAUGGUGGCCAUGAAACGAGAAAUGGAAAACUUCCUUGAAACUCUGCCUUCAGAUUGCUCUGAAUACUAUGACAGAGGCUACAGGAAGUCAGGUGUAUAUGUGAUUCAUCCAAUCACAGUGCAGAGUUCCAGUCAUGUGAUGUGCCACAUGACACAAGAUGGUGGCUGGACAGUGAUUCAGCAGAGAUUUAAUGGAAGUGUCAAUUUUAAACGUAAUUGGACCAAUUAUUCUCGAGGAUUUGGCUCAAUCGAGGGAGAACAUUGGUUAGGCAACUACCUCAUUCAUUUAUUAACUUCAAAUAGAAAUUACUCGCUAGAAAUCGUCAUGGUCGACUUUUACGACGUCACAUGGUUGGUAAAUUAUGAUCAUUUCUCAUUAUCCGAGCCAAAUGAAGAAUACUCUCUAGAAGUGUCUGGCUACCAUGGCAAUGCAACAGAUGGAAUGGGCUACUCAACGAACAUGGCGUUUAGUACGAUUGACAAUGAUAAUGACGGAAGUAGCCUCAACUGUGCGUUUUUCUACGAAGCAGGCUGGUGGUAUAAACACUGUCAAACCGUUAAUUUGAACGGACGUUAUGAUAUAGGAUUUGUAUGGUUCAAUCUGGACACUAGCGAAUAUAUACGACUUAAGUCAUCUGUAAUGAGAAUUAAGCCAAGAUAAUGACAAAUGACUUAUAAACAAUCAGUCGCCUGUUCAGAACUUUCUCUAAGUUAACAAGGUUGUUAACGUCUUCAUUGUUAACUACCAAAUCUAUAUUUCUCUGGAAGUUUUAUGGACGCACUAAUCUGAUCUGCAGUAAUUCUUACAAAUUUUGAGAAAUUUUUACUGUUUUUGCUAAUCUUUGUUGUAUUUAAAUAUGUGAGCUCUUCAUCAGAUAUUUCACAUUUAAAAGUUAACAAUGGUGCUAUUAACAAUGUUGGUAAGGUCUGAUCAAUUGUAUAUGACAUUAUAAACUUCAUAAAAUCAUAAUUAUGAUCAUGUUUUUGUAUAACACUUUUGUGUUUUUUACAACUCAAAUUCAGGUUUUUGAGUGCCAGUAUAUGAUAGACAAAAUAUAUUUAUUUCAUAUUCAUUCACUGGGUCCAGCAAAUUUGAUUGCCUUGUAUUAAAAUCUUGAAUUUUGGAAAACCCAAACAUCAUCUGAAUGACAUUUCCAUGUGAU